CACGCUGUUUUUCUGAAUCGCGGCUGGCUUUACCGCAGUCAAGCUCCUGAGUUUUUCUUUCACUUAAAACUAUUCAUAAAACUGGGUCGCUGUUAAAGCAGAAAAGCAGAACGCUUUUUUAAAUCAGAAUCACUAUUCGUUUUCUGAGGGGAAACGUGUUAAAAUGAAGCCUUCCUUUAAUUUGCUUGCAGGGAUCUUGUUUUUACUCGACCACGUUGCAUCCAGUGUUGGAUCAGAUGAAGUGUUGGUGUCUCUGAUGGAGAAGGAUUCAGUCAUUUUUCACACUGGUGUUGUAACAAACCAACAAGAGGAUAUUAAAUGGUAUUUCAACACCACUCGCAUCGCUCAAAUCAAUGGCCAACUCACUUUUAUCUGUACAGAUGUUCAGUGUAAUGAAGGUACUGAGAGAUUCAGAGACAGACUGAAACUGGAUAAUCAAACUGGAUCUCUGACCAUCAUGAACAUCACAACCAUGGACUCUGGAGUUUAUGAACUGAAGAUCAUCAGCAGCAGCAGCGGUGAAAAAAUCUUCAAUGUUAAUGUCAAUGGUGUUUCUGCUGCUGAACAAAAAGAAGUGAAAAGAAACAAGAGAGAAUCUUUCACUUUAGAUUCUAGUGAAAUAAGAAAACCAAAUUAUGUGAUGACGUGGUAUUUUAAUGACACUCUCAUCGCUCAAAUUGCUAGUGAUUCCAAUAAAACCUGUACAGAUGUUCAGUGUAAAAAUACAGAUGAGAGAUUCAGAAACAGACUGGAGGUAAAUCGGACUGGAUCUCUGAUCAUCAAAGAUACCAGAAUCACAGACUCUGGACUUUAUAAACUACAGAUCAACAUCAGCGACAGCAGCUUCAGCAUCACCAGAGUGAAGAGAUUCAGUGUUACUGUCACUGAUUCAGGUCUGUCUUCAGCUGCUGUAGCUGGAAUAGUUAUUGCUGUGUUUGUUUUGCUGGUGGUUGCGGCUCUAAUUGCUGGUGUGUUUUGUUGUCGCCUCAAGAGAUAUAAACCAGCAGCACAGAAUGACAAUGAUGUUAAAAAUUCGUCACCAAAUCCAAAAGACAUUGCUUUGGGGACACGGGACAUCCUAAAAUCAGACUCAGAACAAGCCUAAAAUCGAUGUAACAUUAUUUAGCAUUUUGAUACUUUAACUGAAAGGUACACUAAAGAAAAUUAGAAAAUGAUGGAGAGAAGUGGAUCAGCUGAAACUCUCUUCUGAGUCACCGAGAUUUUUAGAUUUAUAUAUAGAUUUAUAUAUCCAUAGCAAUAGAUCAGUGAGUUCUUGAUGUUUUUCAGUAUAUGCAUUAUCAGUGCUGCUAAACUGAUGUAGACUGAGCAAUUACCGUUUUCUUAUCCUUUGCGCAGACAUAUUACUGCUAAUCCGUUCUAACUUAUUAUUUUGUCCUGCCUGUUUACAUCCUAUUUUAGCUGAUAGAACUGUGUUGUUUUUUUUUUUUUUUUUGUUUGUUUUUUUUUUUCACAAUUACCUCACCAAGGAGGACAUUAUGACCUCCUCCCAAUGUCUCAUACUGGAGAACACAAGCGCUCUUCAUAGUCUGCACUACUGAUAUUCCACGUGUUUCUACUCGUCUUGACUGAUAUAAUUAUGUUGCUAAUGCAUAUGGCUUAGCCAAAAACACCACCCCUAGCUGGAUCAACUCUAAAUAGCAUGGCUUUUUAGUUUUUAUAUGUCGACCAGCUACAGUGGAACCAAAAGCUUUAAAAUGCCUGAUUCACUGUUUUAUUUAAAAGUUGCUGAAACACUGUGACUUUGCUGAGUGUUGUAUGAUGUUGAGUGCCUGCAACAUGAUUUUGUGCCUUAACACUUCCCAAUAUUAUCCCUUUAACUAUCACUCCCAUUUUGAACACAGGCAUAAAAAUGCACUAUCCAGACUUACAUUUUUAUAAUUCAUGAAUAAAAACAUUUUGUGAUAUGAAUUUGAUAUACAUUUUCUGUGGUAAUGCAAUGUCUGAUUUUAAAAUGCCAGUUAACAGUGGUUCAGUGGCAAUCCUUGACUUUAGCAAAUACUAUAUUUUUUUGGACAUGAUUUAUUCCAUAUGAAAAUUAAACUUAUUGAUCGGGGAAAAUAACCUGUUUGAAACAUUAAAUCAACUGAAUUAACUGGUUUAAAAAUUAUUCACUAUUUCCAGUUGCUCAAAACGUCCUACGCUGGUGACCCCUCCAGGUCAGGUCAGAAUGGUGUAAAUGUAGUGAAAACUCAGGCCAAAACACACAAAAACACCUUUACAAACCAACUGGAAACGUUUUAACGGAGGUGUAAUCUAAACUGCUGCCUCUUUUUGUUUCUUCAUGUUGUUGUUUGUUGUUGACAAUAAAUGACUUUAUUUUGAAAUGUA